UCCUCCCACUCUCCCAGCCAAAUAAAAACUUGUGGAUUACAAUAGAACGUGUUUUUGUUUUUUUUUGUUUUUCUCUUUUCUCAGUAGAAUUGUGGAAGAAAAAAGAAUGAUUUGGGGAAAAAAGUGAGGAGCCUAUUAGAGAAGAAUCGAUGAUGGUCUCACUAGCUUCGUGGGUUUCGUCCCCAUCUUCUUCUCUCUUCUUUAGUCGUGGCGAGAGAUUACAUUUGGUGAAAGCCACGAUCGAUGGUAGGAACGAGAUUGCUCCGCCGGCAAAAGAUCAAAUCCCUAGCAAAGAAGUACUGGAGAGCGUGAGUGUGUUAAAAACCGCUGCAAAAACUCGGAAAGUUGCAGCAGAUGAGAUUUUAGCUGCUUUUUCUGCUAUUGAAAAGGCUAAACUUGAUCCAUCAGAAUUCCUCGAAACACUUGGUGGAACCGAAUCCCCUGGACGAACAUGGAUGCUCAUCUUCACAGCCGAGAAGAAACUGGAGAAAGGUCGUUACUUCCCUCUAACCGCUGUUCAAAGAUUUGAUGCUGCGGGAAAGAGAAUAGAGAAUGGGGUGUAUCUUGGUCCAUUAGGAGCAUUGACAUUCGAAGGAAGGUUUUCAUGGAAGAAUCGGAUCUUAGCUUUCAUCUUCGAACAGAUACGCAUAAAGAUUGGACCUUUAGAUCCUCUAGAGAUCAGUUUGGGAAAGAAAGACGCCGAGGAAGAGCCGAGUAAUAAAGACCCUUUCUUCAUUUGGUAUUACAUCGAUGAAGAAAUAGCAGUUGCUCGAGGAAGAAGUGGCGGUACAGCUUUCUGGUGUCGUUGUCGCCGCAUUGCUUCCUCAUAGACACUACACUCUCUUCUUCUUCUUCUUCUUCUCCUCAACUCUCAAGAGCUUCUUCUACUGUAAAUGAUAUUUAUAGACGAUGUUCAAAAACCGGAUGCUUUAGUAGACAAUGUAAAAAACCGAAUCGGUUUCUGAUUUGGCUCGGACCGGGUUAGUAAGA